GGUCGUUCUUUGGCAGUGGCACCAUAGAGAGCAUUGCCGCUCAUGUGCAUGCUUCACACACCAUGGGCGUACCAGUGGAGGCAGUAUUCGUAAAUGCUGCUCUCUCAGGCGUACAGCAACGGAAUCUGGAGGCUGCGUGGGGCCUGCCGGUGGUGGACCGGGUGGGGCUGAUCAUUGAGAUCUUUGGAGCUCGUGCAAACACACGAGAGGCCAAGCUGCAGGUCGAGAUGGCAGGUUUGGAGUACCAGCGCAGCCGGCUGGUUCGGCAGCGAGGCUCGGGGGGCUGCAGGCUUGGGUUUGGUUCGGGAGGGGAGCAGCAGGUGGUGAGUGCGCGAGGGAGGGCGGCAGGCGGGCGGGGCUUUUUGGCUGGAGCAGGGGAGAGCGAGCUGCAGCUGCAGAGGCGACGAAUAGCGGAGAAGCAGCACAAGCUGAGGCAGCAGAUAGCGCAAGUGAGGAGGACACGUGGCCUGCACCGAUUGGCCCGCAGACGAGCCUGCUGGGAGGGCGGAGGGAAGGGGCGAGGGCUGCCGGUGGUGGCGGUGGUGGGCUAUACGAACGCAGGCAAGUCAACGUUGGUGACAGCACUUUCACAGUCGCCCCAAUACAUUGAUGAUCGGCUAUUUGCAACCCUGGAUCCCCGUGUGAGAGCAGUCAAGCUGCCAUCAGGGCGCAGGGUGCUUCUGAGUGACACAGUGGGGUUUAUCUCCGACCUGCCCCAUCAGCUGGUGGAGGCGUUUCAUGCGACGCUGGAGGAGGUGGUCGAGGCCGACCUGCUGCUGCAUGUGGUGGACGCGUCAGCACCAGACAUGCAUCAGCAGCGGCAGGCGGUGUUGCAAGUGCUGACGCAGAUGGGGGUGCCUGUGGAUCCAGGCAUGGCCGCUGACGUCAGCAUGGCUGCUAGGGGAAGCAGCAUGGGUGUGCAUCAUGGUGGUUAUGGUGGACCUCCUCCCUCCCUCGCACCCCCUGCUCUCCGGCUCGUCCAUUCUAGAGUCACAUCUGCAUAA